CAAAAAUGAUGAUGCUUAUUAUGCAUCAAUCCUGGAAUGGAAAACAGAGCGGUAUGGUGGUGUAUGUAUUCGUUAAUCGGUUGAAUUUUAAAUCAUUAAACACGAACAAAAUAUUCCACAAGAAAGAAUAGAAAUAAUAAAACAUAUAUUAUAAAUUAUAAGUUUUUACGAUAAAACGAUAAAAUUUAACCCAACGGAAUAAAAUGGCUCAACAGAAACCCAGUUAUGAUGCCAGUAAUAUUGCCGAAAUCGUUCCAAAUUCACGGGUAUCAUCUCGUCCCACUUCAUCUGCACAAAUUUCUUUCCAGGUGAUAUUCAUUGGGAUUGCAAACAUUGACAUUAUAAUUGCCAUUCUCAUUGCAAUCACUGAACUAAUUUUUGUUGCCAAUCCAGACUCUUACAUAUACAUUUACAACAUUUAUAACAUGAAAAGCGAGGUGGUCCUGCGAGACUUUCCCCAUCAAUCCUGGUUUUUCACCACCGUUUUCAUCAUUACAACAUUUUGGCUCUUCUUGGAAUAUUGGAUGUACCAAAUCCUGUACAAAGGUGCAUUAGAGUUGGACACUCAACAAUUGAAGCGGUGGUUAAAUAUCCGGCUUAUUUUUCUAAUAUUUAACAUCUUUCAAACUCUGUAUCGAAUUGUAGAGUUGCAGUUUUGUUUCUACGAUAUUUUAUACAUUCCUAUCUUAAUGUAUCGAAUUUUGGAAAUUAUCUUUGUGAAGGGGUUAACCGUGGAAAUUUUGAAAGCCAAUAUUGAAGUGAUUGCAUAAAUGUGUGAUAUAUCUGGAUACAUCUAGUCAACCAAGAGCUUUUGCAUAGUUUGCACAAGUUUUUCAAUGAAAAACUCGUUUUAUGUUGUGUUUCUGUGUUUUCAUACUGAUUACUACUUUAAAAUAAAAUGUUACAAUAAUAAAUAUUGUCAGUAGU